GGAGCUCCAGAGCCCACAAAAGAGAUCGGCCUGGGAGGGGCAAAGCAGGCAGGCAGCAGGAGCAGCUGCUCCGACUCGACCUCGUCGCUCCCUUCUCGCCUCUCCUCGAGAGGCUGAGCCGUCGCUUGGCUCUUCGAUAAAUCUCAAGGGAGCCUCUCUAGAGCCAGCGAAAGACUUCCGCGGAGCCGCUGCUCACUUCGAAAGAACGACCGGGGGAACCCACGAGGAGGAGAUACCAUGACACUGCUUCUGAGAUGUUAUUUUUUGCUCUUAGCUCUUAGCACAUGCCUCAUCCUUACAGUUCAGGCAGAAUGCGACAAGGACUGUGUAUCGUGUGCCCACCGAUUGGCAUACCAUGCUGACAUCAACCCCUUGGCAUGUACACUAGAAUGUGAAGGAAAGUUGCCUUCUGCCAAAGCCUGGGAAACCUGCAAGGAACUCCUGCAACAGAGUAAACUGGAUCUUUCCCAGGAAGGCAACGGUGCCUUCAGGGACAACCCAAAAGAACAGGAUGAGAGUCAUUUGCUAGCCAAAAAAUAUGGUGGGUUCAUGAAAAGAUAUGGAGGCUUCAUGAAGAAGAUGGAUGAGCUCUACCAUAUAGAGCCAGAGGAGGAAUCCAAUGAAGGAGAAAUCCUUGCUAAAAGGUAUGGAGGAUUUAUGAAGAAGGACUCAGACGAUGAUGCUUUGGCUAAUUCCUCUGAUCUGUUGAAGGAGCUUCUUGGAACAGGGGAAAAUGCUGAAACUGGGCAUUUUCGGGACCUGAAUGAUAAUGAUGGUGAGGUCGUCAAGAGAUAUGGUGGCUUUAUGAGAAGCAUAAAGCGCAGCCCUGAAUUGGAAGAUGACGUCAAAGAGCUACAAAAGAGAUAUGGUGGGUUCAUGAGAAGAGUGGGGAGGCCAGAGUGGUGGCUGGACUACCAGAAACGAUAUGGUGGAUUUCUUAAGCGCUUUGCUGAUUCUCUGCUUCCUUCAGAUGAAGAUGGAGAAAGUUAUUCCAAAGAGGUUCCAGAGAUGGAAAAAAGAUAUGGUGGAUUUAUGAGAUUUUAAUAUCCUAUUUGUCCUUUUGGUCCCAAAUCAAAGACUGCCUCAUUGAUCAUAAUUUAUUGUAACGUGUUGUACUGUACAGUUUUUUACUGUCCUAGUUUAUAAUGCAACCUGCUGUCUCUUAUUUCAAGUUCUGUGCUCUUUUUAAGUCAACAAAUAACUUCUGUAAUAACUUCUAAUUUGUCUAUGUUGUACUUUUCAUGCUAAAUCUACUUUAGUUACCAUAUCCAUUUCUUUAAACAGUGCGAUUGCUUAGCUGUAUAUACAAUAAAU